AUGGAUGGCAGGGGUUGCCCCCCACCUGUCCUGCCCCUGUGUGCCUCUGUAUCUUUGCUGGGUGGCCUGGCCUUUGGUUAUGAACUGGCAGUCAUAUCGGGUGCCCUGUUACCACUGCAGCUUGACUUUGGGCUAAGCUGCUCAGAGCAGGAGCUCCUGGUGGGCAGCCUGCUCCUGGGCGCUCUCCUUGCCUCCCUGGUUGGGGGCUUCUUCAUUGACCGCUAUGGCAGGAAACAAGCCAUACUCGGGAGCAACUUGGUGCUGUUGGCAGGCAGCCUGAGCCUGGGCCUGGCUGGCUCCCUGGUCUGGUUGGUACUGGGCCGCUUAGCAGUUGGCUUUGGCAUCUCCCUCUCCUCCAUGGCCUGCUGUAUCUACGUGUCCGAGCUGGUGGGGCCACAGCAGAGGGGAGUGCUGGUGUCCCUCUAUGAGGCAGGCAUCACCGUGGGAAUCCUGCUCUCCUACACCCUCAACUACGCACUGGCCGGUGCCGCCUGGGGAUGGAGGCAUAUGUUUGGAUGGGCGGUCGCGCCUGCUCUCCUGCAAUCCCUCAGUCUACUCUUCCUCCCUGCUAGUUCAGAUGAGACUACAGCCCACAAGGACCUCAUCCCACUUCAGGGAGGCGAGGUCACCAAGCUGGGCCUGGGGAGGCCACGGUACUCCUUUCUGGACCUCUUCAGGGCACGGAAUAACAUGCGAGGCCGGACCACAGUGGGACUGGGGCUGGUGCUUUUCCAGCAGCUAACGGGGCAGCCCAAUGUGCUAUACUAUGCCUCCACUGUCUUCCACUCAGUUGGCUUCCAUGGGGGAUACUCGGCCAUCCUGGCCUCUGUGGGGCUUGGUGUAGUGAAGGUAGCAGCUACCCUCAUCGCCAUGGGGCUGGUGGACCGCGUGGGUCGCAGGGCCCUGUUGUUAGCUGGCUGUGCUCUCAUGGCCCUGUCAGUCAGUGGUAUAGGCCUCAUCAGCUUUGCUGUGCCCAUGGGCUCAGGCCCAAGCUGCCUGGCCAUGCCCAAUGCCACCAGGCAGACAGGCCUCCCUGGAGACUCUGGCCUGCUAGAGGGCUCAGCUCCACCUCCAAUGCCGAGAACCAGUGAGAACCAAAGGGAGCCAGUCUUGUCAGCUGCUAAGAAAACCAGGCUGCAUCCUGGAGCUGGAGAACCCUCAGCCCCUCCCCUGCCAGCCAUGAGCACUGCCUUGCCAGCUCCCACUGUGCCCACCCCAGAGCACGCACCACUGCGCUGGACGGCGCUGGUCUGCAUGAUGGUCUUUGUGAGCGCUUUCUCCUUUGGAUUUGGACCAGUGACCUGGCUUGUCCUCAGUGAGAUCUACCCCGUGGAGAUCCGAGGGAGAGCCUUCGCCUUCUGCAACAGCUUCAACUGGGCCACCAACCUCUUCAUCAGCCUCUCCUUCCUCGAUCUCAUAGGUGCCAUCGGCUUGUCCUGGACCUUCCUGCUCUACGGACUGACUGCUGUCCUUGGCGUGGGCUUCAUCUAUUUAUUUGUUCCCGAAACUAAAGGCCAGUCAUUGGCGGAGAUAGACCAGCAGUUCCAGAAAAGACGGUUCGCCCUAAGCUUUGACCAUGAGCAGAACUCAGCUGGCGUCCAGUACAGUCGCAUCAAGGUCUCUGCAGCCUCCUGA